GCCAUUAAAAGUCUCUUUUAAUAACCAUCACAUAAUGUCCAACUCAAGAAUAGAGGAAUCUGUUGUCGAUAUGGCUGUCGACGAAACCGGUUUUGGAAAAUUCAGUAUAAAAAUCACAAUCAUAUGCCUCCUAAUUUAUUUAAAUGCCAGUCUAAGUAUCGUCAGUACUGGUUACAUGCUUCCGGCGUCGUCAUGUGACUUCAAAAUGACGUUAUUCGACAAAGGAUUAUUACUCACUUCAUUUCUUAUAGGUUCUUGUUUCAGUCCUGUCAUUUGUGGCUUUUUAUUUAAUUACAAAGGAAGAAAAUGGACACUACUGCUAACACUAUUUUUUCAAGGAACUGCGGAUUUUUUAAUUCCAAUUUUUCCCAAUUAUUGGAUAUUAAUGAUAUUGAAAUUUUUUUCCGGUUUCGGAGGAGCGGGACAAUUAUUUAUUUUCACUUAUAUGGGUGAAUGUUUACCCUCAAAGCAAAGAGAUAUUCUUAUGUCUUUAAUGGAAUUAUUUUGGAUUAUUGGAGAUGCUCUUGCCUGUUCAUUAGGUAUGGGUAUUCUUCCCUUAAAUAUUGACAUUCGGAUAAAUUCAUAUUUUUUUCGUUCUUGGAGUCUCUAUAUUUUGAUUUGUUCAACAUUAGCAAUUUCUCUAGGAUGUUGGCUAUUAUUUUUGCCUGAAACACCGAAAUAUUUGGCUGAAAUUGGUUCUAGGGAAGAAUGUCUCUUUGUUCUAAAGGAUAUGUACAAACAAAAUACCGGCAAAUCAGGAAAAGAAUAUUUAGAAAAAUUAAUGAACAGUGGAAAAAUUCCAUUAAUGGAAUUAGUGAAUAAUAGUUAUAAGAGUUUUCCAGAAAAAAUUGAAAAACCUCUGAUCGGUGAACAAAUUAUCCUUCAACUAAGGGAGAUAAAAAAAAUAUUGAAACCGCCAUUUUUGAAAAAUACUUUUUUAGCAUGCCUUAUUGGAUUCAGCAUUAAUUUCUCCUAUGAUGCAUUUUAUAUUUGGUUUCCAGAGAUAUUUCAACGUUUUUCUGAAUUUCAGUCGAAAAAUACAAGUGCAAAUUUGAAAUUUUGUUCAAUUUCAAAUGAUUUUAUCAAUGCAGGUGAACAAUUGGAGAAUGAUACUUUUGAAUGCAACAGUCCAAUAGAUACUCAAGUAUUCAUGACAAAUUUAUUAUUAUGUGCCUCAUGUGCUCCCGCAGUAUUUCCACUUUUACUUCUUGUCAAUCGUUUCGGAUUUAGAACUUUAUUAAUCAUACAUUGUUCACUGUGCUCGGUCCUGAUUCUCGCUCUUUAUUUUGUAAACUCAUCUCUUCACAUUUUAAUCAUAUUGUGCAUCUACGUACCACUGAUCUCAACGAGCGUAACAAUGUCAAAUGCACUUUUUGUUCACAUUUUCCCCACAACACACAGAUCAUCAGGAGUUGCUCUAACAUCAAUGGCAUGUCGUAUUGGUGCUAUAUUUGGCAAUAUGGCAUUUACUUAUCUCAUAGAUAGUCGUUGUUUUAUUUAUAUUAUUCUAAUAACUCUGCAACUUGUCGUUGGAGCGAUAUCAACAUUGCUAAUUCGCGAGAGAAAGGAUACAUAAUGAAAUUAAUCGAUUUAGCAUCUUAAUUUAUUAUUCAAUUACAUAAGUUUAUAAAAUUUAUAUUAAUUUUUACUUCACGCACUGAGAAUGAUUUUUUUACUUGAAAAAAUUGUUAUUUUUUAAUAAAAAGAAAAUUAAAAAUUAAUUUUUUCCUUUUUUGUUUACUGUAUAUUGUUUGUGAACCAAAAAAUACAUGUAA